CGCGCUCCCGCUGUGUAGCGACAAGAUGGCGGUCGCCGCCGGAUUAGGUAAAUGCGUUAAAGUCCCUCGCAAUUUCCGGCUCUUGGAAGAGCUGGAGGAAGGCCAGAAAGGUGUGGGAGAUGGAACAGUGAGCUGGGGUCUGGAGGAUGAUGAGGACAUGACCUUAACACGGUGGAGAGGGGUGAUCCUUGGCCCCCCAAGGACAAGCUAUGAAAACAGGAUGUACAAUCUGAAGGUUGAAUGUGGGCCAGAAUACCCAGAGUCACCACCGUUUGUCAGAUUUGUGACAAAGAUAAACUUGAAUGGCGUGCACACCUCCAGCGGUGUGGUUGACAUGCAUGCGGUGACUGCACUGGCCAAGUGGCAGAACUCCUACAGUAUCCGGAUGGUGCUGCUGGAGCUGCGACGGCUCAUGACCUGCAAGGAAAACAUGAAGCUUCCUCAGCCACCUGAGGGCCAGAUCUACAGCAACUGAGCCCCUGCUACUUUUGCCUCCAUCUUUUUCUCCCUUCACCCCCUCAACCCUCCCGACCCCCCCCCUCCCAAACUCUUCUGUUUUGCUUUCAUCCCUUUAUCCCCAUCCUCUCCGCCAUAUGUGACAUUCCACCUCCUGCCAACACCUUGACUGAGCACACACACACACACAGCAGAAGACCUAUACAGCAACAGAUACAUGAAAGCAUACACAUAUACCUGUGUUCACACACUAAGCAGAAGACUGAAGGAUACAAUAAUUGAUAAUCGCAAAAGUACACACACAGCAGAAGACUCAAGUACACAAACACAUGCAAACACACACAUAUCUGUACACACACUGCAGAAGACUGAAGGAUACAAUUGAUACUUGCAAACGUACAUAUACACACACACAUCAGAAGACUGAAGUACACAAUCGCAAACAUUCAAACACACACAUAUCUGUACACACACUGCGGAAGACUGAAGGAUACAAUUGAUACUUGCAAACGUACAUAUACACACACACAUCAGAAGACUGAAGUACACAAUCACAAACAUUCAAACACACACAUAUCUGUAGACACACUGCAGAAGACUGAAGUACACAAUCACAAAUACAUGCAAACACACACAUAUAUCUGUAUACACACACUUAUUGAGCGUUCAUGAAAGUCAUUCCAGGCCCCCUCCCCCUCCCAUCACUGGAGCUCUGGGUGGACUCGAUGUGACGAGGCAGGCGGAGUCCUCAGUCCACACCAGAUAUGAUCAUUCGAAUACUGUACAUGUUACUAAUCUUUUUUUAUUAUUAUUUGUUAAAAAAUGCAGAUUGUACAAUAACAUAAAUAAUCUUAUUGAGUGUACCUCUUUUUGUGUGUUGCCUUUUUGUAACAUUGAAAAACGGCCACUUAACCGCACGUAGUUCACUAAACGUGCUGUUAGUUAUGAGAUAAUCUUCUUUCAAACCCCAAAAACACAUUCGACCUGUAUGUACUGUCAUGUGGCCAGAUGUCCAAUGAAAUAUUCUCACCAGUUGUGUUUGGCUUGCACAGAGUAAUUGUUCCCGAGCAGUCCUCUGUUGUAAUGACGCAUGACUGCAGCUCAGCAAGGUGCCUGGGAGUCAUCACCUUCAUCACACAUGGCUUUUUUUCUUCUCUUCUGUGUAAGAACUGUCCAAAGUGAACAUUGUGUAUCUAUACCACUAUAUCUGUAGCAUAGUAUGCAAAUCUACUGUAGGUCUGCACAAGUCCCAGUUUUAAACCAUGCUUGAAAAUAGAAGUGAAAUCAGCUACCUCUUUUGGUCCUGUGUAACGUCAGAGGAGUUUAUCUGACCUGUGAAACUGUCUUUGCUACUUCAUGUGACAAUUUGUUUUACUCUCUCCACUUCUUUCAUAAAUCUUAAUUCAUG